CGAUCUUCUCGCGUCGGCAAGCGCGCGGGCCAGGAUGGGCGAGCCGGUCCCGCCACGCUGGACGGGCCAGCGGCUGGCACGCGCCGGCCACCCCGGCGGCGCGGCGGCCUCAUCGCGCUCGUCGUCUGCGAGGCCACCGCUCGGCGUCGCCGCGUCCGACGGCGAUGGCGCUUGGCUGUGAGGUGGGAUGGCGGCAUGGCGCGCCGACGUGCUGCCCGAGCGCGUUUGGAGGCAGCAGCUGCUCCUCGCGAGGUGAGGACCGACCAUCCUCCGCUAGCAGGGCUUCGUCGGGCGCGUCUUCGUCGAGCGGUGGUGCGGUCUUUUUGCGUGCCCCCCGUCGAUACGGGGCGCUGGGCGAUGGCUGGGCUUGUCGCCGGGCGAGCUAGCCCCUCAGCCGGCCGCGGAGCGGAGGUGCGAAAUCGAGGCGGCGCGGCCCCUGCGCGCAGCCUGUCCGGCCGGCGCGCGCAUGGUUCCGUAGCCCGUCUAGUGCCUCACUGACCGACUCCAGCGCCACGGUGUACGUGGCCGGUGUGGUACUGGGGCUGGGCAGCCUUGGGGCCGGCGGAGACCGCCGUCUAGCGGUCGCACUAGUCUCUUUUCGUUGUUCGACCUGUUUGUUCGACGGUUGUUCGACCAUACUUUGAGCCUUAAUUAUU